GUUUUGCAAGUUUCGAAAAAGGAGGAAGGAGAGCAUUUGCAAACUUUUCAAACAGAAAGACAAGCGUCCUCGGACCUUCCUUUGGGGCUCGGAAUCGACCCCAAAGGACCUCAAAAGCCCCGCCGUUUUUGCCAUCACGCAAGGGAAUGGCGCAAGGCUAUGAUCAAGGCUUGCAGACCAUGGGACCGUGAUCUAAACAAUUCUCCGGAUCCGUUCUUUCUGCUGAAAUCCGAUCUGGAGGUGGGCACCUCCUUCCAGGGUGGCGGAAAGAUUCGCCGUCCGAGAACAUUCGGAAGGCGACUUUAUCCGCAUUUUCAUGCGUCCCGAUCUGGAUAUAUCCCCGAAACUCCUUCCAUCAUGUUCUGGUGCUUUUGCCUUUUGUCGGAGGACGAGAAGAGAGCCGUCGCCAUCGACAGAGAGAUCAACCGGCUUCUCCAGGAGCAAAAGAAGAAGGACCGGUGGGAACUGAAGCUCCUUUUGCUGGGCACCGGCGAGAGCGGGAAGAGCACCUUCAUCAAACAGAUGCGGAUCAUCCACGGGGUGGGCUACACAGAGGAGGACCGCAAGGCCUUCGCCAAGAUCGUCUACCAGAACAUCUUCAUGUCCAUCCAGGCCAUGAUCAAGGCCAUGGAGACUCUACAGAUCCCGUAUGAAAGUCCGGAGAACGUGCAAAAGGCCCGGUUGCUCCUGGGAGUCGAUGCCUACAAGGCCACUACGUUAGAAGCGGAGCAAGCGAGGAGCAUCGCCAGCCUCUGGAAGGAUGCCGGGAUUCGCACCUGCUACCUGAGGCGGAGGGAGUAUCACCUGCUGGAUUCCACCCCUUAUUUCCUGUCGCACCUCGAGCGCAUUGCAGCGGAGGGUUAUGUGCCCAGCGCCCAGGAUAUCUUACGGACCCGCGUCCCGACCACCGGCAUCAACGAGUACUGUUUCCUGGUCCAAAAGGUCACACUAAGGAUUGUCGACGUCGGCGGGCAGAAGUCGGAGCGCCGGAAGUGGAUCCACUGCUUCGAAAACGUGAUCGCGUUGAUCUACUUGGCGUCGCUCAGCGAAUACGACCAAUCCCUGGAGGAGAACAGCAGUGAAAACCGGAUGCAAGAAAGUCUGGAUCUUUUCCGAACCAUCCUGGACCUGCCUUGGUUCUCGAAGGCCUCCAUCAUCCUCUUCCUCAACAAAGUAGACAUUCUGGAGGAGAAGAUCCUGAGCUCGGACUUGGCGGCCUAUUUCCCGGGAUUCACAGGUCCGAAACGUGACGCGGCCGCCGCCAAGCGCUUCAUCCUCGACAUGUACACCGAGGUCUUCGGCCAAUCUUCGGCGGCUUCGGAUGACGCCUACGGCGCGGGGCCGUCCAACGAGAGCUCCUGGCCCCGGAUCCUCUACCCGCACUACACAUGUGCCACGGACACGCGGAACAUCAGCACCGUGUUCGAGGACAUCAAGGACGCUGUCCUGGCCAGCUAUUUGGAUGAGUUCAACCUCGUCUAAUCCCAUCAAGGCGGACAAACAAGGACCUUUUCAAUCCUCGAACUUGGCGUGACAUGUUUCUGGAGCUUCACAUGGGACAUAUAUUAGACAUGUUCACGGCGCUCGCGAUAACCUGUGUCAUUGGAGGGAGGGCCAAUGGUGUCUCCUGAGCUGUGGGCGCUAUAACUAUUUGUGGAAAUAUAUUAUCUGAUACCUGUUGGUUUCGCCGUCCUGGCAAAAGCACCGGUGAGAUGUGUUUCUGAGCAACGUUGAGUUGCAGUGAAGAAUCCUCGCUCAAGAUGCUUGGUAUGGAAUGAGACAUCAAGUGACAUUAGCUUUGCAAAAGACUCCUCUGGGUGGAGAACUCAACCGACAGGCUUCUCUGCUUCCGGAUUUAUUUCGUAUUAGUGACAUUUAUAUCUCGCCCUUUUCACCCCGAAGGGGACUCAGGGCGGCUUACAAGUUAUAUGUACAUACAAUAAAUUAUAUUAUUAGCAUA